GAAUAAGAUGAGAAAUUCUCUAACAAACUUUUCUCUCUCGAUCGUCUUCUUCUCUCUCACUAAUAUGGUAUCAGAGCCAUCAAAGCUCUUUUUCUCUUGAUUCCGCUUCGAUUUCACUGUUUUUGAGCUCAGAUCUUGCUUAGUUCUACUCGAUUUUAGCUCAAAUGGUGACUGCGAUGAAGAUUCCUCGCCGAUCAAAUCGGAAUAAAGCUUCGACAUCGUCAGUUGCAGUUCGACCUCGUAAAACAUCUCGAUCUACCGUCGUCACUGAUUCUCCUCCCGAUUCUCCUCCGGUUGCACUUGAUUUAGCUUCUGGAGCUUCGCGAGCCACUUUGAUGCCGACGAUCACAGAUCCAUCCUCUUCUCCGUUCUAUAUGCAUAGCGCGGAUCAUCCAGGUUUGAUCAUCAUCUCUCUUCGUCUAGAUGGAACGAAUUAUGAUGACUGGAAUAUUGCUAUGGAAGUUGCUCUAGAUGCUAAGAAUAAGUUGGGAUUCAUAGAUGGAACAUUGCUGCGUCCUGCUGAAACUGAUCCUAAUUUUCGCAUCUGGUCACGAUGCAAUAGCAUGGUGAAAUCCUGGUUACUGAACUCUGUAUCACCUCAGAUCUAUCGCAGUAUUUUGCGUUUGAAAGAUGUUGUCGAUAUUUGGCGUGAUUUGUACAGCAGGUUUCACAUGACUAAUCUCCCAAGAACAUUUAAUCUGACACAAGAGAUACAAGAUCUCCGUCAAGGUUCAAUGUCUCUUUCUGAUUACUACACCACUCUCAAGACUCUAUGGGAUAAUUUGGAGAGUGCUGAUGAACCUGGUAAUCCGUGUGUUUGUGGACAGGCUACUCGUCUGCAAUUGAAGGCAGAGAGAGCCAAAAUUGUCAAAUUUCUCGCAGGCCUUAAUGAUUCAUAUGCAAUCAUUAGGAGACAGAUUAUUAUGAAGAAAGUGCUUCCAACUCUUGCUGAAGUUUAUCACAUUCUGGAUCAAGAUGACAGUCAGAGAGGUUUCUCCAAUAUCAUUGCUCCUCCUGCUGCCUUUCAAGUUUCUCAGAAUGUUGAACAUGACUCUACUAUUUGUUAUGUUCAAUCUGGUCCUAACAAAGGUAGGCCUAUCUGUUCUUUCUGCAACAGAGUUGGACAUAUUGCUGAACGUUGUUACAAGAAAAAUGGUUUUCCACCUGGUUUUACUUCAAAAUUCAAGCCAUCAGAUAACAAGUCUCAACCUGAUAACAAGUCUCAACCUGAUAACAAGUUCCAGAAACCAAAAGUGGUUGCAGCUCAGGUUUCUUUGUCAUCUGAUAGCAAGCCAACUGAUCUAGAGAGUUUGAUUGGUGACAUGACACCAGAUCAGAUUCAGAAUUUUAUUGCUCUCUUCAGUACUCAGCUUCAAUCUCAGUCUUUCUCUCCAUCAGAAGUCAGUCACUCUCAUGAUCAGAAUGUUUCCCAAUGUCAAGCUAGUACCUCUGGUAUCUCAUUCUCUCCAUCUACUUACUCUUUUAUUGGUAUUCUCACAGUUUCACAACAAAGUUUAUCUACUCAAUCUUGGGUUAUAGAUUCAGGUGCAACACAUCAUGUUGCUUAUGAUAAGGAUUUAUUUCUAUCCCUUGAUACUUCUGUUGUGAGUGCUGUUAAUCUUCCGCAAGGAUCUUGUGUAAGAAUCAGUGGAGUAGGAACUAUCCGGAUUAACAGUGAUAUUCUUCUCAACAAUGUCUUGUUCAUUCUGGAGUUUCGUUCUUACCAAGGGGUCAACAAUUGGAAAGGGUAAAAGAGUAGGAAAUCUCUAUGUGCUAGAAGCUUCAAGUUCAUCAGUCUCAGUUAAUGCCGUGGUUGAUCUUGGUAUGUGGCACAAGAGACUCGGGCAUCCUUCUUUUUCAAGACUUGAUGUAAUUUCAGAAGCUUUGGGAACACAUAGAUCUAAGAAUAAAGGAACUACUUAUUG